AGGAGGAGGAGACGCGGACGGACCGCGCGACUCGCGUCCGCCGUCGCCUCUGAGGCCCCAACGGCGGCGAGUCGGGGCCCUCACUGGGGUGGUGCUGCUCCAGAUGCUGAUCGGCACCGUGGUGACGGCGGUCGCCUUCUCCACCAGCGACCUGAGUCCCUCACUGCGGCCCCGCGACACCCCCUACUGGGCUGGGUUGCCGGUGUGUCUGGCUGCCACACUUGGCUUCUACAUGCAGUCCAUGAACCACCACGAGGAGGAGACGGCGAGGAUGAUCAAUGUGAGGGUCGCCUACUUCCUGUGCUGCACGCUGGGCGCGGCGCUGUCCCUCACCGCUGCGUGCUUCGCCGCCCACCACGGCGCCCUCCUCGCCAGCUCCAUCUGCCACCCUCGCACCCAGGGGGGCAGCCGCGGGGGUGGCAAGGGCCACAGCGGCGGCGGCAGCCACACGGCACAAGUGCUGCUCAACGUGUGCGCCGCCGCCUGCUGCCUCGGGGGCUGCUACCUGCUGUGGAGACGCCGCUACCAGGGGGUUGCCCUCGGGAGGGAAUUAGCCGGCUACGUCGACUGGUCCGGGGGGGGCAGGCGGGAAGAGGUGGCCCCGCUGGGAGCAUUUAGAAAGUACGGCCACAGUGAUUAG